AUGAGCUCCUCUUGGCAUGUCCCAGAAGACUAUCACAGUCGACCGAUUGCCAUCCUAGGCGGUGGUGUACUAGGACGUCGCAUAGCAACGAGCUGGGUCGCAGCAGGCUACGAUGUGUGUGUCAGGGACCCUGAUGCCUCGCAGCGAAAGGCCUGCGAGGAGUACGUAAAAGCAAACGCCCGCGACUAUCCAGCAGCCAAAGCCAACCUCAACGGCUUUGGAGAGAUUUCCACGCAAGCCGAGCUCCCCGACGCCGUGCGAGGAGCAUGGCUCGUUAUCGAGGCCGUGCCGGAGAAGCUGCAGAUCAAGAUCGAUACCUUCGCAGACCUCGAAGCCCAUGCGCCAAAGGAUGCGAUCCUGGCGAGCAACUCGAGCUCGUACAAGAGCUCUGAGAUGCUGGACAAGAUCAAGGAUGAGGCGACGAAGGCGCGCAUAUUGAACACGCAUUACUACAUGCCGCCUGUCAACAACGUCGUUGAGCUGAUGACCUGUGGGUUCACAGAGCCCGUGAUCAUUGAAUUCCUUUUCGAGAGGCAGAAGGAGGCGGGGACGACGCCCUAUGUAGCCAGGAAGGAGUCAACGGGCUUGAUUUUCAACCGACUCUGGGCUGCAGUGAAGCGCGAGGUCCUCACGAUCUUGGCUGAGGAAGUUUCAACGCCACAGGAGAUUGACGAAAUGUUCACGACCAUGUUCAAGACUUCCAUGGGGCCCUGCAAGAUGAUGGACGAUGUCGGGCUCGACACAGUUGCCUUUAUUGAGUCGCACUACGUCGCGGAAAGGGGCCUGCCAUCGGAGAAGACCGUUGAUUUCGUCCAGAAGAAGUACAUUGAUAAAGGGAGACUGGGCGCGAAAAGUCAGAAAGGAGGGCUGUAUCCUCGUGUCCCUCGUCUUUUGGUAUUGGAUCUUGGAUUGGCCGCCACAAAGAUCUCACCAGCUCCAGGCUUUGUGCUGGAGAUGUCAGGCGACGGCAAAAACGAAAAGGCACUCGUCAAGAGUCAGGCUUUACCCGACGGCAUCGACGUCGACAAAUCCUCGGGUCGCAUGUUUUGGACCUGCAUGGGGCUUCCAGGGCAACCCAAUGGCGAGGUAUUUUCCGCGAACUUUGAAGACGGCUCGGACGUAAAGUGUAUCGUACCCAAAGGGGUGGCCAAUACUCCCAAGCAGCUCGUCGUUGAGCCAACAUCCAAGAAACUGUACUUCUGCGACCGCGAGGGGAUGCGGGUGUUCCGCUGCAACUACGACGGCAGCGAGCUCGAAACGAUCAUCAAGACUGGUGAUUGGGAGGCAGACGGCUUCGAAGACCAGACAAAGUGGUGCGUGGGCAUUACCGUUUCGCCCAAGCACGGCAAGUUCUACUGGACACAGAAGGCGGCCUCGAAAUCCGGAAAGGGGCGUAUUUUCUGCGCAAACAUUGACAUGCCCGCUGGAAAGACGGCUGAGACUCGACCUGACAUCGAGCUUCUCUUGGAUAACCUUCCCGAGCCGAUCGAUCUUGAGAUUGACGACAGCACUGAUUUACUAUAUUGGACGGAUCGUGGCGAGCUUCCAUUGGGCAACUCUGUGAACCGAGCAACAUUGGAUCCUACGUCCGGCUUGGUGGCCAAGGCUGACAGUAAGAAGCCAUACGAGGUGCUUGUGAGACACCUGAACGAGGCGAUUGGUCUGAAGCUGGAUCUGGAAGCUGGACACAUUUAUCUCACUGAUCUGGGUGGAUCUCUGUACAAAUGCAAUCUCGAUGGUUCGGGAAAGCAGAGGAUCUAUAACUCCGAUGAGCGAGCACUGGCAGGAAUAACGAUCGUGUAA